GUCUGCGGUGAGAUCACCGGCGUUCAAGCGCUCGCUGGACGUAAAACUGGACGCCGCGCGGCUGUGAGGAGCUCACAUUUAGGCUGAUCUCGUAGCACAGCUGAAGAAACCGCGCGCCGCCGCGUCUGUGAGCCGUAAGACACCGCGCGCUCUGCGAGAGGGAACGCCGCGCGCGCGCCCUGACGCCCGCGCCGCGGCACAGCUAGACGCCCAGCCGCAGCGCGCGCACCAACGCCAUUGCACAAACGCGCGCGCGCGCUGAGACACGCACCGUGAGCCACGCACCGCCGCCGCAAACGCCCGACACACCGACGCAGGCCACAAAGAUGGAGCGCGCCCGCCGCACGGGCACGAAGAAGCAGUCCCGCGAGGCCGUGCGAGCGGCACUGCGCGCGGCCAGAGAGGGCGGCGCCGCAAGAUCCGACCAGUGGGAGGCGAAGGAGGAAAAAGAUGUGUACGAACAAGUAACGGAGCAGGAGUACGCCGACCUCGUGCGGAAGCGCCGCCAGAACGAGGACUUCGUCGUCGACGACGACGGCCUCGGCUAUUUUGACGACGGCGAGGAGCACUUCGGCGAGGACGUCGCGGAAGGCCUCGAGGAGGCCGCUCCCAAACAAAGAGGUGUGGUCCACGCGCGGUCGAAGGACGCCGUGCGGAAGGCUAGAAAGUUGAAAGAAGCGCGCGCGGAGGGCGAGGAGCGCCAGACGACGAAGAUGACGCAGUUCCUCGGCGGUGAUGGAGAGAAGAAGGCGCCGAAGAAGCCCGUCGCCGCCGUGAAGCAACUAGACGCCUUCGAGUCGUUAAUUGAUGGGUUGGGGAGCGGUGCCGUGACUGAACGGAAGUCCGUGGACCUGGGCGGCGGCCUCGGCUUCGCGAACGAGGCGCCGAGCGGCCCCAAAGUAGCGCCGACACCUAGACGCAUGACCUACGACGAGGUCAGCCCGAUGCCGUUGUGGUCGGCUGGUGUGGAUCUGGAAGCAUCAAUUGGAGGUGGUGGUGAUGACAUGGGCAUGGGAUUUGGGAUGGCCGACGAUGAUGUACCGGCCGCGUUGCCGGCGGCCCUGCCUUCCACCAAGGACGCCCCUCUGCCGCUCAAGGCGACCGCGGCCCCCAAGAAGAAGAGCCGCUUCUCGAAGAACGACGUCGUGGUCGAGGCGUCGACGGCCGCUCAGACGGCCAUGGCCAUGGACGUCCGCGCCCGCGUCCCUUGAGUCACGCGUCGACGGCGCCGAGGGCUCGGCACGCCAUCGCCGCGACGCUCACGGGUCUCAACAACACAGGUCGACAAGCCCGCCGCGACCGAGGCCGCUCCCCAAUUACCGGAGCGCAUGGAUGUGGAUGAAAGCGCCCCUCAAGCGGACCCGAAUUAUGGUGGCGGGAGUACGGUCGACAAGCUCGAGGAGACGGAGUGGCUGCGGGAUUCCGAGGGCAAGCACUGCUGGCUCUACUGGCUCGAUUGUGUGGAACAGUCUGGCUCUGUAUACUUGCUCGGGAAGAUCCGACUCGAAGGGGAGCAAGAUAGAUAUGCCUCAGCUUGCUGCGUCGUGCGGAACGUCGAGCGGAGCUUCUUCAUCUUGCCUCGAGUCGAUUCCGAGACCGGUAGCCGUUACGGCAUGAAGGACGUCUGGGAGGAGGCGCGGUCGGAAUUGGUCCCGCGGUGCGUCCCCAAGUCCGAGCCCUUCAAGUGCAAGGGCGUCAAGCGCGGCUACGCCUUCGGCGACGACGACGUGCCCCGCGACGCCGACACGGAGUACCUGAAGGUCAAAUAUUCGGCCAAGAAUCGGGCGCCGCCGGUCUCGUUGUGUAAACGAGGCGGCCGGUGCAUCGAGAAGAUCCUCGGGGCCGGUUCCACACCUCUAGAACAAUUCUUGAUCAAGCGCAAGCUCAUGGGGCCCUGCUGGGUGCGCAUCGACGCGCCGGUGCAGCGCGACUCGAAGGUCUCGUGGUGCGUUUUGGAGGUCGAAGUGUCCGACGCGAAGAAAAUAACCGUCGCGCGGGACUGCCCUUACUCGGCGCCUCCUCUCGUUUGUACGACGCUCAGUGUCAAGACUGCCGUGAACCCCAAGAGCCAUCAGCACGAGAUCGUCGCGGUGGCGGCGCUCACUCACAGAGGUGUUGCCGUCGACGGGGCCACUCCCGAUGGAGGAAGGGGGGAAGAUGCCCGGUUGUUCCAGCAUUCCACCGAGAAGCAGGAGGCCGGGAGUCGCAGAUGGACCUGCGUCGCGGCGCGGCCGCUCGGUGCGGAGAUCGCCGGCGCGCAAGAUACACCGUUGGAUCCGAAGCUGCCUAGAGAUCUCCACGGCGAGCUGAAGAAACCUACGCAUGGUUUUUUAGCUGAUAGAGGGACCGUCACGGUCGCACCCAACGAACGGGCACUCAUCUCCGUGUUAUUGGCGCGCUUGCAACGGGACGACCCGGACGUGCUCUGCGGGCACAACAUCCUCGGCUUCGAGCUCGACGUCCUGUUAGCGCGAGCCCUGGCCCUCAAGGUGGGCAACGCCUGGUCGAAAGUAGGGAGGCUCAAGCGCAACAAGCCGCCUCAUCGGUGGAAGGCCGCGUCGGGCCGGGACACGUUCCACGCGUCGGCCACUUCGGGGAGACUGAUCUGCGACACUUAUUUAGCCGCCAGAGAACACUUAAGAGGGGCCACGACCUACGCGUUGGCGGCAUUGGCUCAGACGCAGCUCGGUGUGCGAGGCCGCCGAUCGCUGGAGCCGCGGGAAGUAGCUCAACUCCUAGGAAGCGGCUCCCAGAACGUCUGUGGACUCCUGAGGCACGCCGCCGAGGACUGCCGGUUAGUAGAACGACUCGCAUUACGUUUGCAGGUGCUCCCGCUGUCCAAACAACUUACAGCGAUCUCGGGAAACCUACUAGCGCACACGUUGAAGGGCAAGCGCGCGGAACGCAUCGAGUACCUCUUGUUACAUGAGUUCCACCGCAUGAAGUACCUCGCGCCCGAGAAGCAGCGGUAUGAUGCUGAUGAUGACGACGACGUCCGUGACUCAGCGUCCUUACGCCAUCGACGCGACUCGUGCGGGGUCUCAUGAUUCGUUCACCACAGGUCGACCACAACAAGAAGAAGCGCAAGAAGACGGACCCGCACAAGCGCCAGAAGGCCGCGUAUUCCGGCGGACUUGUGUUGGAACCCAAAAAAGGGUUCUACGACAGCCACGUGCUACUGUUGGACUUCGCGUCGCUCUACCCUUCCAUUAUUCAGGAGUACGACCUCUGCUUUACCACUGUUGAUUGGGCCCCCGUCGCCAAGCGCAUGGAGGCCCGCGCGAACGGCGAGAGCGACGCGAAGAAGGCGAGGACCGAGGACGACGAGGUCGUCGAGGAGGCCGCGGAGGAGCUGCCGCCCUUACCUGAUAGAGGCGACGGGGCCAAGGGAGUCCUGCCGCGCGUGCUCAAGAACAUCAUCUCGAAGCGGCGCGAGGUCAAGGGCCUGCUCAAAAAGGAGAAGAACGUGAAAAAACGGGAGACGUACGAGAUCCGCCAGAUGGCGCUGAAACUGACGGCGAACUCCAUGUACGGCUGUCUGGGUUUUUCCCAUUCUAGAUUCUACGCCAAACCGCUGGCCGCGCUCGUGACGUCGUUAGGUAGAGAUACUUUACAAGCUACUGCUGACGUCGCCGAGAAGGAGUUAGGCCUCGAAGUCAUUUACGGCGACACGGACAGUAUCAUGAUCAACACGAGGACCGACGACCUCGCCGUCGUCAAGGACCUCGGUCUCAAGGUGAAGAAGGCCGUCAACAAGCGCUACCGGUUACUAGAACUCGAGCUCGACGGCAUCUUCAAGACGAUGCUCCUCCUCAAGAAGAAGAAAUAUGCUGCAUUAGUUGUCAAUGAAGAUCCCAGAACCGGGGCCGUCAGCCUACACAAAGAAACUAAAGGCCUCGACAUGGUGCGCCGCGACUGGUGCCCGCUGUCGAAGCGGACCGGUGCUAGAGUACUGGAUUUCUUGCUGAGCGGUGAUCAAGCGGACGUGGUGGUCGCGAACGUCCACAAGGUCCUGGAGGACGUCGGCAAGGAGGCGCGGGAGGGCCGCGUGUCCGUGGCCGAUUAUGUAGUUACAAGAGGCCUCAACAAGCCGGUGGAAAAAUAUCCCGACUCCAAGGCCCAGCCGCAUUUGAGGGUCGCCAAGGCCAUGCUCAAGGAGGGCCGGGCGGUCAACGUCGGCGACCACAUUCCGUACGUCAUCUGUCUGGAUGAAAACGGCAACUCGUCGAACAAGGGCGUCGCCGAGCGGACCGUGCAUCCCGACCACGUCGACCCCGACACGACGGCCGUGGACAAGCGGCCCGGCAUGGAGAAGGAAGGGGCUCCCGCGGUCGUCACGCCCGGCGGGCCUACACCGAAGCCCAAGGUCGACGUCGAGUGGUACCUCGCGCAGCAGAUCCUGCCGCCCAUCGCGCGGUUAUGUGAGCCCAUCGCUGGGAUGAGCAAGGCGUCCAUCGCCGACCGCCUCGGCCUCGACGCUCGCAAGUUCGAGCAGCACAUGGCUCGAAGCCAGCAGGCGCUGGCGGAAGCCGAGGGCCGCACGGCGGCGUUCGUCCCGAUGGCGGUCCAGUCAGAUGAACAAAGAUUUGGGGACUGCGCUCCGGUUCUGGUCGAGUGCGCGGCUUGCGGCGUGACGAAGCCGCUGACGCUGUGGCCGAAGCGUUCCGAAGAUUGUGCUGAUGAGGCGCCGCCUGCUCUGAAGUGCCCGUCGUGCCAAGCGCGACUAUUGGGGCACAAGUCGGCCGCGUCGUGCUUCUCUCGUCUCAGUGUCGCGUUACAGUUAGCUACCCGCGGCGCUUUGAAGAGAUACUACGAGGGCUGGAUGGUCUGCGACGACUCGGCUUGCGGCGCGCGGACGCGGCAGCUGUCCGGCGCGGGCCCGCGGUGCCUCCGUAGAGGUUGCCGCGGCCGCAUGGUCGCCGAGGAGAGCGAGAAGCGCAUCUACACGCAGCUCUGCUACCAGAAGGCUUUAUUUGCUGCUGAUAGAGUCGCGUGCGCCCAGAACUCGGACGAGGCCGAGGUCUGCGCGUUCCUGGAGCGCCAGGUCGCGCAGGACGUGGAAGCUUCCGCCUACAACUUCGUGCGGCCGAGCAUCUUCGCGGUCUUCGGCAAGUACGAGUGAGUAGGCGCUCCCUUGCCCCCGCCUAAGAGGGUUUAUUAUUA